CCCAUAUUUGGGGACUAAAAAAGUCCGUUCUCUCUCUCUCUCUCUCUCUCUCUCUCUCUUUGGAUCUUUAUGUACCAAUAAAUUGGAGUUGUUCCGCUGGGUGUUCUUUGCCAAAGCUGAGCAAUCUCCUUUCUCUGUUCUUUCACCUCUGUUCCUUCCUCUGUUUUCGUGUCAAGAGCGAUGGCACAGAAUUCAGGAAGUAACGGAAACCAUGAUGUUUCUUUGACUGUUAAAGAAUGCGAGGCCAAUCACAACCAUGCCUCCUCUGCGUCCAAAACCAACCAAGGAGGAGGCUUCUAUCUCUCUGUUCCUUUCAUGCAGAAGUUGGUGGCAGAGGUUUUUGGUACUUACUUCUUGGUCUUUGCCGGUUGUGGAGCGGUGGUGGUGAAUUUGGACAAUGACAAGGUGGUGACUCUGCCGGGAAUAUCGAUAGUAUGGGGGCUGGCUGUGAUGGUUCUGGUUUACUCUGUUGGCCACAUCUCCGGCGCCCAUUUUAAUCCUGCGGUCACCAUUGCCUUUGCCACUUGUAGAAGAUUUCCGUGGAAGCAGGUGCCAGCUUAUGUAUCAGCUCAAGUCCUCGGGUCGACACUGGCGAGCGGCACCCUACUGUUGAUAUUCAGUGGGCACGAGAACCGGUUUGCCGGAACAAUUCCAGCGGGGUCUAACCUGCAGUCUUUUGUGCUUGAGUUCAUAAUCACAUUCUUCCUCAUGUUUGUCAUAUCCGGUGUUGCCACCGACAACAGAGCUAUCGGAGAGCUUGCUGGCCUUGCUGUUGGGUCUACGGUCCUACUUAACGUAAUGUUUGCCGGGCCAAUUUCUGGAGCAUCGAUGAAUCCAGCGAGAAGCUUGGGGCCUGCUAUUGUACAUUGCAAGUACGAAAGCUUAUGGGUGUACCUUUCGGCGACGACUCUUGGGGCUAUAUCCGGUGCAUGGGUCUACAAUAUAAUCAGGUUCACGGACAAGCCGUUACGCGAGAUCACCAAGAGUGGAUCUUUCCUAAAAGCGUCAAGAAGUAACGGCUCUGUCUAAUGGAGUUAUCAAUGGUUGGAAACACUUUUUUUUUUUAUCUGAUUUUAAUUCGGAUAAAAAUAGUAUUUCCAACUAUUUAUGAGAAAAAAGAAAAAAGGGUUUCCUCUAUAUUUUGUUGUACUUGUUUGGUGAUUGCUGCGUACGUAGGAUGUGGUACUUACUAUAUAUAGGCUUUAAAAAGUGUAAGGAGGAACUCAUCAUGUAUGACUGUAUGUUAUGAUGAAAUGUAGUAAUCCUUGUAUAUAACAAAUUUUAUAAAUGAAAGUUUGCUUCAUUGA